AUGGGCAAAGAGGGAGAGAGAGAGAGAUGGCCGAGAGGUGAAGGACCGGAGGGUGAGGCCGUUGGGCUCCGGUUGGCAUGGAGAAGGGAUAAGUGGUACCCAGGGACCUGUACUUUGGCAACCUCGUAUAUUGUUCACCACCACACUUCCAAAUUAGGAAUACAAAAAUACUUUUGGUCAUCAUGUCGGGAGACAUGUGGAGAUGGACCUGCCUUGGCUUACAUCUUGUCUUCUGCACUGUGGGGGCCAUCUUCGGCCACUAGGCAACUGCCCUCUCACCCAAAGAAACCUUUCUUGACCUUCUCCUCAGAAGCCACUGAGAUCUCCUUCAAUCACUUGGUGGUCGACAAAAGGAAAGGAUCUAUUUACUUGGGGGCUAUCAACUGGAUAUACAAGCUCUCCAGCGACCUGGUGGUGGAGGCCCGUCAUGAGACGGGUCCGGAUAUUGAUAAUCCCAAAUGUUAUCCUCCCAGGCUGGUCCAGCCUUGCAAUGAACCAUUGAUAUCCACCAACAACAUCAACAAGAUGUUGCUGAUCGACUACAAAGAGAAUAGGUUGAUCGCUUGUGGCAGUUUAUACCAGGGGAUCUGUAAACUCUUGAGAUUGGAUGAUCUGUUUAAACUUGGGGAGCCCUUCCACAAUAAGGAGCACUACCUCUCCGGGGUGAACGAGAGCGGUUCCGUGUAUGGAGUCAUUGUUUCUUACAACAACAUGGAUGACAAGCUGUUCAUUGCCACGGCGGUUGAUGGGAAGCCCGAGUACUUCCCCACCAUCUCUAGUCGGAAGCUCCCAAAAAAUUCGGAAGCGGAAGGAAUGUUUGCCUACGUUUUCCACGACGAGUUUGUGGCUUCCAUGAUCAAGAUCCCAUCGGAUACAUUCACCAUUAUCCCCGACUUUGAUAUCUAUUAUAUCUAUGGCUUCAGCAGUGGUAAUUUUGUCUAUUUUCUGACCCUUCAGCCUGAAAUGAUUUCCCCAUCGGGUUCCACCACCAAGGAGCAAGUUUACACCUCGAAACUGGUCCGCCUCUGUAAAGAAGACACGGCCUUCAACUCUUACGUUGAGCUGCCCAUUGGUUGCGAAAAGAACGGGGUGGAAUACCGGUUGUUGCAAGCCGCCUAUUUAUCGAAGGCGGGAUCCAUCUUGGCUAGAUCUUUGGGGAUCCUGCCGGAGGACGAUGUUCUCUUCACGGUCUUCUCCAAGGGGCAAAAGAGGAAGAUGAAAUCUUUGGACGAGUCAGCCCUUUGCAUUUUUCUCCUGAAGAAGAUCAACGACCGGAUCAAGGAUCGGUUGCAGUCCUGCUACAGGGGAGAAGGCACGCUGGAUUUGGCUUGGCUCAAAGUGAAGGAUAUUCAUUGCAGCGGCGCAGUGUUGUCUGUCAGCCUGGGACCUUUCAAAGUUCCAGUGGCACUGAAAAAA